CUGUCUCGUUAAAUGCACACGUCUAUAUCACAACUCCAAAUCGCAUCGUACUUUGCUUAGAUUGUCCCGUACAAUCUACAAUCCUUUGUCCCGGUGUUUCUGUGGUGUUUCAGGAAUGAGCGAAAAUCUACCUCCCAGACCAGACCAAUCGACGUGCUGAGGUUUUUCCUGAUUGGUCAACGUCACUUGCCGGGGCCAGCAAAGGCGGAAAUACAACUGCGUUACUGAGUACGUCUCAUUAUUUACAACGAAACAGAAGAAUAAAUAGAUAUAUGCGCUGCCACAUCGGCAUUCUUAUAGACAGGAAAGAUAUGGCGCAUCGCAAUUGAAAUUUAAGCUCAGUUUAAUCAGUUCGCAGUUGUUUAUAUGCAUUGAGAAGGCAUGUGCAAUUUACGCUAACCCAAGCCGUCAGCUGUAUCAAGCUGAGUUGCUAAAGCAAGAUGGUUAACUAAUAACACGGAAUUCUGGGAAUAUCUAGCUGGUUUGUUUGCUGCGCGGAGGACAUCAAAACCGGUGUGCCCACCAGGAGAGUAAUCUGGUAAGAAUGGCACCAAACGGGAGAGAUUCUGGAGUCUGGCACCAGACCAAGAGUCUGCUUCACAAAAACCUGCUGCUCAAAUGGAGGACGAAGCAACAGAGUCUGCAGGAGUUGAUUCUGCCCUUGAUGCUUCUGGGCCUCCUGGUUCUGAUCAGCACACUCAACCCUCAUGUUUCCUACGCUGGCUUUAAGACUAUCGACCUGGAGAAUGACUUUGACCUGCCCUUCAAGUACCUGGGCUACACCCCCAUCAGCAACAUGACCACCCGCAUCAUGGAGGAGGUGUCCCAUUCCCUGCCCAAGGAUGUGGUGCUGGAGAUGUUCUCCAGUGAGCGGGAGCUGGAGAACGCCAGCCUGUACGAGUCCUCCAGCUUUGUGGGCGUGGUCUUCCUGGAUGGGAUGUCCUAUCAGCUGCGCUUCCAAUACAAAGAGCUGCCGCUCCCCAGCGACUACACGGAGUCCUUCGCCAGCUGUUUAGAGGAUUCUUUGAACUGCAGAGCAGCAAACUACUGGGACACAGGUUUUAUCUGGCUGCAGUCCCACAUCGACGCCGCCAUCAUACAGAUGCAGACAAAGCAGGACGUGUGGCAGGCCAUGUCGGGGCUGCAGGUGGUGAUGAUGGGGCAGCCGGGGCGGGUGGAGAUGCAGAAGUUCUCACACGUGGUCAGCUCCAUCUACCUGGUGCUGGCCUUCACACCCUUCGUCUCUUUUCUCAUCGCCAACGUCGCCGCUGAGAAGGAGCACCGCCUCAAAGACGCCAUGAGGAUGAUGGGCCUGUACGACUCCGCCUUCUGGCUUUCCUGGGGGCUGCUCUAUGCAGUGUUGGUCACCGCCAUGUCUAUUGUGAUGGCCAUCAUCGCCACCUGUACCGCCCUCUUUCCCAACAGCGAUGUGCUCCUCAUCUUCCUCCUCAUCUUCCUCUAUGGAAUCUCCUCCAUCUUCUUCUCCUUCAUGGUGACUCCGCUGUUUAAGAAGCCCAAGUUUGCCAGCACUGUGGGCUCGAUGCUGACAGUGGUGAUGGGCUGCCUGUCCCUCUUCACUGUGCUGAUCAAGGACUUCCCCCAGCCGCUGGUCUGGGCCCUCUGUCUGCUGUCUCCUAGUGCUUUCUCUAUGGGUAUCGCACAGGUGGUGUAUCUGGAGGCACAUGGAGAUGGGGCAGUGUUCUCCACCCUGGGCAGUGGGCCCCACCCUCUCUAUGUUCCCCUGUUCAUGAUGCUGCUAGACAGCGCUCUCUACCUGCUGCUCGCCCUCUACCUGGACCAGGUGCUGCCAGGUGAGUUUGGUAUGCGCCAGUCUCUGCUCUACUUCCUGAAGCCGUCCUAUUGGUCCAGGCGCAGGAAGCGGUAUGUGGAGGUGAGCUUAGUGUGUGAGAGGGAGCUCAGUGCAGGCCCCUCCCUUGCCACGCCUGUGUGCCCCGCCCAUCCUGCCCAGCUCAUCGAACCCGUUUCCCCAGAGUUCCGAGGUCGAGAGGCCAUCAGGAUCAGUAAUCUCCGGAAGGUUUAUAAAGAGACGGACAGCACUGUGGAAGCUUUGAGAGGUCUCUCGUUUGAUAUCUGCGAAGGCCAGAUCACUGCCCUGCUGGGGCACAGUGGGGCUGGGAAGUCCACCCUGAUGAACAUCCUGUGUGGAAUCUGCCCUCCUACUGAAGGCGCAGCCACUAUCUACGGCUCGUCAGUGGGUGAGAUGGCAGAGGGGGCGGAGCUGAGGCAGCUGGUGGGGAUCUGUCCGCAGUUCAACAUCAUGUUUGAUGUUCUCACCGUGGAGGAACACCUGCGCGUGUUCGCUGCUAUUAAAGGCAUCAGUUCUGCAGAGACCGCUGGAGAGGUGUCGAAGGUUCUGCGGGAUUUGGACUUGGAGAAGAUCAAAGACGCUCAGGCCCGGAAACUGAGUGGAGGCCAGAAGCGAAAGCUGUGUGUGGGAAUCGCCAUCCUGGGGGACCCUAAGGUGCUGCUGCUGGACGAGCCCACUGCAGGUAUGGAUCCCUGCUCCAGGCACCAGGUGUGGGCUCUGCUCCAGGCCCGGAGGGCUGGGCGGGUCACUGUGCUCAGCACACACUACAUGGACGAGGCUGACAUCCUGGCAGAUCGGAAGGCGGUGCUUUCUCAGGGUCAGUUGAAAUGUGUGGGUUCUUCCCUCUACCUCAAGACCAAGUGUGGAGUUGGCUACAACCUCAGAAUGUCAGUGACGGAGGCGAGUGAGGUAGAACGUAUCACCGCAUUGGUCAAGCAGCACAUCGCCAAAGCGCAGUUGUCACGGCAGCAGGAGGCGGAGCUCAUGUACACACUGCCAUUUGAAAGCAUGGACAUGUUCUCAGGUCUCUUCUCUGAACUGGACUGUCGGCCGGACCUCAGCAUUACCAACUACGGGGUUUCCAUGACAACGCUGGAGGAUGUCUUCCUGCGAUUGGAGGCUGAGGCUGAGGUGGACCAAGCAGACUACAGUGUGUUUGAUCAGGAGCUGGUGGAGGCUGAGGCCUCUUCGCUGGAGGACAUGGAUGAGCGGCUGCUCUCCUUCUCAGACGGCGGUUCUGAAGGCGUGGCCGGCCCCGCCCUGUGGAGACAGCAGUGUGGGGCCGUGACCCGGCUGCACAUGCUCAGUCUGUGGCGCGAGAAACCGCUGAUCUACAUCUUGGCCACGUUUGGGACUUUCCUGCUGUCAGUUCUGAUAGUGUCCCUGACCACAGGAAACAUUCAGUUCCAGUCCCCAGAACGGCAGCUUCUCCCGGUCUACCUGCUGGGCCCGAAUCGGACAGCCCAGCGGUACAGCACCUCACUGCUGGUGCACAACUCCACUGAUGCAGAUAUCUCUGAGUUCCUGCACUGUGUGGAGUCCCAGGACAUUGUGGUGGAGUUGCAGAAGGAUCUGGACUACAUGGCAAUUGCUCCACAUAGUGCAGCCAUCACUGUCACCGGGACCAGCAGGGAUGUGAAGUACCAGGUUGCGUUUAACAGCACCACUGUGCACUCCCUGCCCAUGGUGGUGAACGUGCUGAGCAACGCCCUGCUGCGCUGUCACAACGGCUCGGGCCACAUCCGCACCUGGACCAGACCCUUCCAGUUUCAGAUGACGGGCGGCAUGUCCUAUGCACUGGUGUACAUUGAGGCUGUGCUUCUGGGCCUGCUUGUCGCCGGCACCCCCGCCUACUUCGCCAUGGAGCAUACGCGUGACCGGGAGAUUAAGUGUCGCACCACGCUGCGUGUGUCGGGGCUGGUUCCCUCGGCGUACUGGUGUGGGCGGGGCCUGGUGGACGUGCCGCUCUUCUACGUCCAGAUCAUCUGCAUGGUGGCCACACUGUUUGCCUUCCACGCCUCUGACCUGCUGUACUCCACUGCAGUCGCCUUUACGAUCCUGUGUGUGAUUGGUUCUGGCCCAGCUGUAAUUCUUUUUACGUACGCCAUGUCUUUCAUGUUUACGCGCAUUCAGAGCAACCGUGACUUCCUCUCUGUCGUGUUCAUGAUGGUGUGUGUGGUUUCUGCAUCGGUGGUCCAGCUGGCCUACAUUAAUCAAAGUGUUCUUCUGGCCCAAGUCCUGCACAGUGUCCUCUGCUUCUUCAGCCCCUUCUACCCCCUCAUCGGCUGCCUCAGCUGCAUCGCCGAGGCCACUUUCCUGACCUCUGGGUAUGAAAGCCGCCGGUUCCUGUGGAAGGCUCAGCUUAUGUCUGUAGUAGCGCCCUACCUGCAGUGCAUCCUGCUGCUGUUCCUGCUGCGCUGGCUGGAGAUCCGCAGUGGAGGGAGUAUCAUGAAGAACGACCAGCUGUGCAGGAUCCGGGCUCGUGCAGCAGGGGGCAGCAGAGCUCGGCAGCUCCCUGAGGAGUGUGUGUCUGAAGAUGAGGACGUGCGAGUGGAGAGAGCGCGCGUGAAGGAGGCGCUGACCUGUCAGAGCUGUGAAGAGAAGCCUGUGGUGCUGGUCAGUGAUCUGAGGAAGGUGUACUCCGGAGGGAAGGAGGGAUUGGACUUGAGUAAGAAGAGGAAGGUUGCCACCAAUAACAUCUCUUUCUCUGUCCGCAAAGGUGAAGUGUUGGGUCUCUUGGGCCCUAACGGUGCAGGAAAGAGCACUAUUAUGCACAUGCUGGCUGGAGAUUUGGAGCCAACUGCCGGACAGGUGCUGAUGGGAGAUUACAGCACAGAGUUCCAGCGGGGGGAGAUGCCCCUGGAGCACUUGGGGUACUGCCCCCAGGUCAGCCCACUGUGGCCCAAGAUCACCCUGCAGGAGCACCUGGAGAUCUACGCUGCCAUCAAAGGGCUCCACCCACAGGAUGUCCCAGACAUCAUAAAACGGGUGGUCAAUGCUUUGGAGCUGAAGGAUGACCUCCAUAAGAAAGCAAAGGGCCUGCCUGCUGGGAUCAAGAGGAAGCUAUGUUUUGCACUGAGCAUGCUGGGAAAUCCUCAGAUAGUACUUCUGGAUGAGCCGUCCACGGGGAUGGACCCUAAAUCCAAGCAGCGGAUGUGGAGGGCGAUACGUGCAGCUUUCAAAAACCGCCAGCGUGGGGCAGUCCUGACCACUCACUACAUGGAGGAGGCCGAGGCAGUGUGUGACCGUGUGGCCAUCAUCGUCUCCGGCCAGCUCAGGUGUAUCGGAUCCAUCCAGCAGCUGAAGCAGAAGUAUGGACAGGGCUACAGCCUGGAGGUGAAGCUGAGGGAGGAGCAGGUGGGCGUCCAGCAGGUGGCGCUCUUACAUGAAGAGCUGAUGAGGAUCUUCCCACACGCUGCACGGCAAGACAGCUUUGUGUCUUUGAUGGUGUACAGAAUUCCUAUGGAGGAUGUUCAGUCUCUGGCCGAUUCUUUUUCCAAGCUGGAGAGUGCAAAGCAAUCCUUCAACUUUGAGGAGUAUAAUUUCUCCCAGUCUACACUGGAGCAGGUGAGUGCCCAUGUUCUGAGGAGUAUAAUUUCUCCCAGUCUACACUGGAGCAGGUGUUUCUGGAGUUUGCGAAGGAGCAGGAGAAUGAGGAGGAGGACGUGGGGUUGCUUAGCACCUCCUUCCGGUGGCAGCGUCUGCAUAAGGACGGGACCUCAUCCAAUAGCCACCCCGACAGCAUCGUGCACCAGCUGUGACCCCGCCCCCAACUCUUCUUCCGCCACCAGCCCUGACCCCGCCCCCAACUCUUCUUCCGCCACCAGCCCUGACCCCGCCCCCAACUCUUCUUCCGCCACCAGCCCUGACCACACCCCGGACCUGCACUGACUGGCUAGACCAGCGUUUCCCAACCUUUUUCUUUCCGCGGCAUACUUUCCAAAUUUACAGAAUCUCAUGGCACACCACUCUCAAAAGCAUAAAAAAUAAACACCCUGCAGCGUCAGAUGUGACGUGCCAACAGUAGGCCUAAAUGCUCUUUUGGGGUUUUAAUUAAGUGAUAUGCAUUUCUUUGACAUUUAUCUUGGCUUUUGUGAAUGGGAUUUGUUCAUUUAAGUAUUUUUAAUUCAUUUGAACAUUAACAUUUUUUUAAAGGAUUUUUCACACAGCACACCUGACCUCGCCUGACGGCACACUGGUUGGGAAACGCUGGGCUAGACCAGAACAGACUGAGCCACACACCUAUUACAUCACAACAUCACACACAUACAGACAAAGUACAAGGAGGGUAGAAGAAUCACCCUGCCAAUGCGUACACACACACACACCCACGCACAUGCACACACACACCCACGAGCAAGCACACACACACGCACACACCCACACGCACGCACACACACACGCACACACACACAC